AUGUCGUGGCUUAAGUACUUAUUAUUAAUUGUAGCAGUAUCAAGAAACGUGAUAUCAGAAAAUGAAGAAAAGUUUUUAAAGAACUUACCUAUAAGCACACGACAAGCAAGCGAUGAUUUAAACACCGCGAGCAGUUCUUAUUCUCAUCAGUAUUCGGACUGGGGUGGAAGGGCUCCUGGAGGUUAUGGGUUUGCUGUGACGGGAUUCGGAACAAUCGAAGACACCAACAGUCUUGCCCCGAGAGAAUAUGACAUUUAUAACGAUUCGCCUAAAAAUUACGGUUAUGCUGGGUACAACAAUUUAGGUUACAGUGAUAGAGCAGGCUUAGGUGGUUAUGAUUACGGUGUUUAUAAAGGGCCCGGAGGAAAAAUACCAAAUGGAUACAUUUCCAACAACUUUGGUCCAGGUUAUGGCUCGAGUGGAUACGUACCAAAUGGAUUUGGUCCUAGCGGGCAUUCUUCUGGAGUUUAUAAUUCUGGAGGGUAUGGCCCUGCAGGAUACGAAGGUAGCGGAUAUACAGGUAAUGGAGGAUAUGGUGGAUAUGGUGGUAAUGGUGGUUUAGCCUCUUACAGCGGCUAUAACAAUCCUUAUUACCAAGGCGGUGGUCAUCUUGGAUAUGGAUAUUACAAGAAAAGCGCUGUCGGAAAUAUUUAUAGCAGUGGCGUAACACCUAGCUUAGUAACUGGUUAUAGAGGUUAUACGCGUAGAUAAUUCUUAACGACAAACGAAAUGUGAAUACCGGUCUUA